AUGAUCCGAACUUCAGAUCCACCACGGAUCACCUCACAAGCUGCCAAAUCCCACACCGGAGAAAGUGGCAACAGAAACAAAGAUGUUAACGCCUUUCACAUCAGCCCUCUGAUUGACAUGCCAUGGGGAUCAGACUCUUUAGUUCUGUGGGUCUCGAAUCCUCAUUACAUCCCUCAGCGCCGCAAGAGCUCCAAAUCUCAACGCUGCUCGGUGAACGAGUUGGUCUGUCUCCCGACUGCUCAGACAGAGAACACCCCUAAAGCGAUCCGUAAAGGAACGACGAAGACGGUGCGGUUCCAGCUCACAUGUUCACCCCUGACUGUAUGCCCCAGCCAGAAGGUGGAGCCAGUCGCUCCUGGUGGGCUGGAGGCGGGUACAGGAGGCGCAUCAGCAGCAGUGGACGAGCCUGAAGUCCUGAGACAAACGAGUGCGAUCCUGGUGAAGAACAGACCCGUCGUUUAUCACAGCGUCCGAGAGAAGAGGGUCAGGAGGGCGAGCCAGGACCAGGCAGCAUCACUUUACAAACUGGACAGCAAGACAGGAGUGGAGGACGUGGACUGGGGCAGUCUGAGGGGACAGACGUACCUCUGGAAAAGACGCAAUGUCCCUCCUGAGCUCCUCGGUCCACCAGGAGGUGCCAGAGGAGCUCAGGAGUCAGUCAGCUUGCCUCCUGUUUCUAAAGUGAGCUCAGAUCGAACGCUUCACAGCUCACAGUGCACAGCUCCUGCAGCACAGAUGUGUGUGAAGAGGCCAUUGCGUUCCUGCCGGUACACUUAUCCCCAGCUCUCGCACCGCAGAGGAACCGACUCAGAACUAGACAUGACCAUCUGUAGCAGUUCUGCUGUAACCAAACACAGAAUGUUGGACACACAUGAGAGCUGUGAGAGAGGCGAGGGCAGUAAAGGCGUCGUCGUUCCAGUCAACUCCGGGUUUUACGAGCAGCGCUCCACCCACGAGCUCUAUGGUGAGACACAUGGAGGGGUCAAAGGGCACGAGACGGAUACCUGGAGUCGCUCACAUUCUGGCCUUCAUACUGGUCAUGGACAAUCGAACAAAACUGAGAACUCUUUAGAACUCUUUAGAAGAGCCGGCAAGUAA